GCAUCCUGCGUGCGUCCGAUCCCUGGCCUCCAUCGUCCACAAGUGCGCGACAGCCCGGCGAAACGAUCCCCCCGAGUGGCGAUGAAUCACUAUUCAGCGGCAGUAGCGUACUUUGCCGCGGGCUCCAGUAGCUUCCUGGUCGGAUCCUCCUCCCUCUACGAUCACACCGCCUGCGGUCCGCCAGGGUCCACCACGAGCAGCCAGCCACACAGGAUGAACACCGUCAGUUCAGUCAGCAGCCUCUGCUACGGCGGCGCCACCGGAACCGCCCCCGCAGGCGCGAGCACGAGCCCGCCCUCGCUCGGUAGCGCGACUUCCUCAUCUGUGUGGGUACCUCCGUCGCUCUUCGCCUCCAGCCUGGCGCACGAUGAUGCGCCGCAAUAUGCGGCUCGCUAUAAAACUCAGCUCAGCCAGCCACCAGUGCCAACGAACUCGAUUGCCUCUGUGUCUGCCAACGCUCAGCCGAGGUACCCCCCGUACGCAUUCCACCUCUACAGCGCGCACUAUCCCGUGCCCUUCAUGGCCAUCCCAUCCGCCCCACGCGUGCACUCGCAGCCAAACCCCCAGCCCUACGACCCCCAUGCUGCCCCGCCGCCUCAGCAGCCCGUGCUACCAGUUCUCCCGGCGGUUCCAGCAGCCCCAGAAGAAUCACAUCGAUCGACGAGCCCGGGUUCAAGCGAGCAAGAACAGGAUGAAGUAGCAGAAGAGCAACAGCCUGCGCGGAGCUACGCGACGCCAAAACGGCACGCGUGUAUCAUGUGCCACAAGUCGUUUGAUCGACCAUGCACGCUCAGAAAGCACCUACUCGUACACACGGGCGAGAAACCGUACCAAUGCGCCGGCUGCCAGCGCCGCUUCAGCGUCGCGUCCAACCUGCGGCGGCACUCCCGCCGGUGCGUCCAACCAGAACAGGCACCCUCGGCUCCGUCGGGCACCCCGGAGGGAAGCGACGCGUCCGGCGGGACCGCACCCGAACAGGCCCCCGCCUCGGCACGCGAGCCCGCGACCGCCGCGGCAGGGCCCUCCUCCUCCUCCUCCUCUGCCUCCACUUCUUCUCCCGCAGAUGCCGCACCGCGGAGCCGCAAGCGGCGGGCCUCGAGUCCCCCAAGCGACGCCGCAUCCGGCAGCAAUAGCAGCGGUAGCAGCACGCCUGCACCAGCCGCCGUCGCGGCGCCCCGCCCGAAACGGCGGCGGCGCGCGCCAUCGCCGACGCUGUGGGUGCCGGAGAGUCUGCGCGCGUUCAACCUGACGCCGUACGCGAAGGCGACGCCGGUGCCGCUGCCGCCCGUCGCGCCGCACAGCGCGGCCGGGGAGGAGCGCAACAGCUUCGUGCGCUACUCGGCGAGCGAGGGCCGCCGGCUGUACCACCCAAGUGGCUGGAAGGGGCGCCUCCCUGGGCCUGCACUCCUCGAGCCCGAGAGCCUCGGCGCGAUGGGCGUACGCAUGCUCGUGAUCUGAGGCGCAGGGUUCCUGUUUGGUUGUUUUUUGCUACCUGUGAGUGCGGAUGGCUGUGUGGUUGAGGUCUGCGUGUGCUCACCCAAGGCGCGCGCAGAUACCCACGAACCGACUCGACUUAGAGAUGUCCCGCUUUCAUGACUCGGUAUUUACGCUCUGCGCAAUGCACAUAUUGCUUCGUUCUUCCAUCCUACAAUAUUCUUGGUGCCCUUUAUUGUUGCUUGUAACGUAUAUUACUAUUGUAUUUGCUCGUAACGACGCAGUACUUGCUUUUCUAUGUGUCAAUUAUUUC